UUCGCACAGGGCUGUCCUUUAACUUUCUCACAGCAGUGACGUCUAGAUUGCAGAGGGAUUAAAGAUUAAGGUCUGGAACAACGCGGAGUGGUUGCAUAAUUAACUCCACGAUGGGGAAUUGAGUUAUUCCUCAGUCGCGCCGGAUACUCCCGGCAAAGUGUCACAUGGGCGGCACAUUGAUGAGACGGGUUGUGCCACCACAGCAGGACUCAGAUGCUGGAUGCGUCGCGGCGGGACAUGACGGUGUAGCUCGGGAUAACCUUCGGAAUAAAGGGGGCAGCUGUGAAGGGUGCUGUAGUGUCCUUCGGGUAGUGCGCGUCUCUCCAAAGUAAACUGGGUUUCCAGUCCUGGAACACACACGGUGUGUGCUGAAUAUUUAAGUUCCGGGAAACCGAACCGAAGGGAAAGGACAGCGAAUCACCUGCAGCUGGAAUAUGUCGGCUCACGGACUCCUUAUGAAAUUAUCUUAAUGGAACAGGACCUCUGAUUUUAUCUGGACAGCCCGUUUGGAGAACGACUUCUUUCCGACUACUCGCCUCUCUGUACGACAAUAUUAAACCGGGAACAUUAAAACAUUAUUGCUGCGACUUUUCUUUGCACAAUUAAACUCGGAGGAUCUUGUCGGUGGAGUGUGCUCCGGUGCAGGGAGGCGGAUCAAAAGAUCUUAUCAAGUCUAAGACAUUUAAUGAAAUGUGAAAAACAAAGGUGUGGAAAUGCGGCGCAAAUGCUUCAUUCUGCUCGAGGUGUGUGCCAUCAUGAGCCUCUUGCCGUCAGCCUCUUUAGCUGAUCUGACAUGUGAAGCUCUGCUUAUGCUGUCAGGGAAUUUCUCAUUGCAGUCUCUGGCCUCCUCCUGGAACCAAUCCCUGAGCAAUGCCACGGGUCAGUGGAGCGGCUCGGGAGUCUACUGCAACACAUCCAUUGAUGGCAUUGGCACCUGCUGGCCCAGGAGCAGCGCCGGCCAGAUGGUGUCCCGACCCUGUCCAGAGAUGUUCUACGGUGUCAGAUACAACACCACCAAUAAUGUUUAUAGGAAAUGUCUUGCCAAUGGGACAUGGGCUCUGAAGGGGAACUACUCCAUGUGCAAGGCUAUACUUCACGAUGAGAAAAAAGGCAAGAUGCACUACCAGAUAGCUGUGAUCAUCAACUUCCUGGGUCACUGUAUCUCCAUGCUGGCUCUGCUCAUUGCCUUCUUCCUCUUCUUGUGUUUGAGGAGCAUCCGCUGCCUGAGAAACAUCAUCCACUGGAACCUCAUCACGGCCUUCAUCCUGAGGAAUGCCACCUGGUUUAUCGUCCAAAUGACCAUGAGCCCCGAAGUGCAUGAAAGUAAUGUGGUGUGGUGUCGCCUUGUCACCGCCUCCUUCAACUAUUUCCACUCCACCAACUUCUUCUGGAUGUUUGGUGAAGGCUGCUACCUCCACACCGCCAUCGUCCUCACCUACUCCACCGACAAGCUGCGCAAGUGGAUGUUCAUCUGCAUCGGCUGGUGUAUACCGUUCCCUAUAAUUGUGGCGUGGGCCAUUGGGAAGCUGUACUAUGACAAUGAGAAGUGCUGGUUUGGGAAGCAAGCUGGCGUGUACACAGACUACAUCUACCAGGGUCCCAUGAUUCUUGUGUUAGUGAUCAACUUCAUUUUCCUUUUCAACAUUGUGCGAAUCCUGAUGACCAAGCUGCGAGCCUCCACCACGUCGGAGACAAUCCAGUACAGGAAAGCUGUGAAAGCCACACUGGUUCUUCUUCCUCUCCUGGGAAUCACCUAUAUGUUGUUUUUUGUCAACCCAGGGGAAGAUGAGAUUUCUCAGAUUGUCUUCAUAUAUUUUAACUCAUUUUUGGAAUCCUUCCAGGGCUUCUUUGUGUCAGUGUUUUACUGUUUCCUAAACAGUGAGGUGCGUUCGGCUGUGAGGAAGCGAUUCCACCGGUGGCAGGAGCAGCACUCCAUUCGAGCCAGGAUGACCCAGGCUAUGUCCAUCCCCACUUCACCUUCGCGUGUCAGCUUCCACAGCAUCAAACAGUCUACGUCACUAUGAAAGAGGAAACCUGCUUGGCCCUAGGUACAUGCUUUGGGAGGAGCCUCCAGUUGUCGUUGUCACCGCUUUCUGCCACAGCACUGGAGUACACUAAAACGCUUUCAUAGCUGGGGCAAGGCUAGAGAGCAAGAGAGUCUACAUCAGUUUCUUAAACCUCAGGAGAAUGUUUUGCAGACUUUCAAGAGAAAAUCCAUGGGGAUGGGAAGAAGGACACUGCAGAAUGAGAGAGAUGAGAGGUUAAUGGAUCAAAAGCUGCACAUGACCAAACUGAGUUUGGCUGUAAAUGCACAACACUCCGUAAUCUUUUCUUGCUUGCCCGCUAUAGAGAUCCUCUGUUUUAUUCCUGCUUGGACACUUUUUCUUAUGUUACAUCAGUGAGGACUGAGGUCUUGUGCUGCUGGACUGCACCAACCAGGAGCCCACCCCGGUGGACACUGCACUCAGAUGCUACAGGGGCGGUGACUAAGUUAUUAAAAUGAAAUACUCAGACUUUAUUUUUAUUUUGCUGCCAUAAAUAAUAGUCUGAUCAUAGUGUUGAUGUUGUGCAGUUUUCUUCUAUCGUAUUUCAUCAACUUUCCACAAGAAUAAACACAUUCCAUACCUUCUACUUAAAGGGAUUUGUUUUGAAAUAAUGCCUACCAUGUCAAAUCAUAUGCCAAAUCAAUAACCCUUCAACAUGAUGGGUUAUUGAUUUGUUUUCUUUCCAAGGAUUAUGUGAGGAGAUUGAUACCACUCUCAUGUCAGUGCAUUAAGCAUGGAGCGAGCUCCAGGAGGCAUUUAGCUUAGCUUAGCAUAAAGACUGGAAGCUGAGGGAACAGCUAGCCUGGCUUUGCCCAGUAUCCAAAACUAUGCUUACAUAAUAGUUACACUACAUAACCCUCCCUCAAACCACACAUUGUCAUAGUUGCAUUUAUGUUCUGUAGCAUUUUGUGUGCGUAUUUUUGGACUUGGAGAGACUCAGGAUAGUGAAUAAAUUUCCCUAUAUGCAUAACUAUUGCUUUUAGAAAAUUUCUCAUUGAACCAUUAUUUUUGUGGACAUACUGUAGUUAUUUAUAGGAAUGCGGCAAUAUGUUGAAAUUAAAUAUAUUGUAAUAUAAAACAUCACAUAAUAUGUAUCAUUUUGUCUAGGGAUAUAUACUGUGUGGUUUCCAUACACGAGCGACUUAUUAUAUUUUUUGUAAAUAAGCUAGCUUAACAGAACGUAAGUCAAUAUAUCUGGUUGUUCAUUACAUAAUCAAGCCAGUGCUAGAAAAGUGGAAAAAAAGAAGAAUAAAGUACAAGUAUUCCACAGCUAGUCACACGUUGGAUUUUUAAAUGUAUCAUGAUUGGAUAAAAUCGUACACACCAUAUCAUGCAUCGAAUCGUAUCGAGAAAAAGUAAUCUUGUCCGAUCUCUAGUAAUGUAUGUUUCUCACAUAUUGCCUAACUUUAGUAAUUAUUUCCCCCCAAAUGGUUAUGUAAUCUGACAGCCACAGGGGCGGCUGUGGCUCAGGAGUAGAGCAGCUGUCUCCCAAACGGAAGGUUGGAGCCACCAUAUUUUAGCCACCUGGGGGCAGCACAACAAGCUGUAAACACAUUGAAUUCUUCAUUAUAUGUUUGAUGGAUGGUCACUAACUUUAUCUGUCUGCAGAGUUUUGGAGUUUAUUCACUGAAAAGAACAACCAAAACAACUCUAAUGAGAGCAGUGAGGCUAAACCAAAAGUUGUAGGCUGAAAAACCAAAACAAAGAGCUGAAAGAUGGUAAAACGCUCCAUAGAGAUGAGGGGAACUGUAGAUUCAGGUGAUAUAAGUGACACCAGUUACAUUAAACAUAUUCAUUUGAUCCACUGUUCAAAUAAAAACACAUGGUAGUACAGUUUUAAAUCAAGUUUUACUUGCUAGUUUUUUAUGGUAGUACACAGUAUAUAGUGGUCAAAAUUACUAUUUGACUGUGUGUGUGACUGGAAGCUGCAGUAAGAUGACCAGGAGUUGACAUUAUUUUGUCAGACUUCUACAGGAUGUACUUUCACACUCAUGUAUGUGUAAUGUUGGGAACAAGACUCUUCAGCUGAGUAUUAAGUUUUACUAUUGCUCCCUGUCUACCAAGACACCAGGCACAGAGGAGCGUUAGCUAUGAAGUGACUUUCUGUGGUGGUCAACAUGCGAGGGCACUACUCAGUAACUUUGUUUACUAACUUAUUGUAAAUAUAUACAUACCAGAGCACGGGGAUUCAAAUCCAGUGGCAUCAUCACAAAUAUAAACCAAAAAAUACAAACCACACACUAUAAAUCAUAUGGGCCCAUUCUCCAUAUGAUCAGCAUCUCACAGUCCAAAUUACUGCUCUGCCAGUAUUCCUAGCACCUGUGCAUUCUUAAAAACUGCUGUUUAUUUAAGCUGUAAAUGAACAUUGUCUUUCUGUCGCCCUAAAACCAUGUUCAUUUGUUUGUUUGUUUUUUAACCCCUUUCAUGGUCUGGUUGUGGUAAAAUGUCAAGACAGAUGAAUUUCAUAUGCUACUGUGAUAAUGUGUAUUACUCUAAUGUUAGUCAUCUGUUGUAAUUAAGCAGAGUGUGUGGCUGCUUCCAGAGUGACUGGAGGUGUGGAGAUGUGCUCAGAUGACAGAAAACCCCAGAUAUCAUGCACCUUGCCAAGUAAAGAAAGCUACCCAAUGAGAAAAUGUAAUGCUACAUCAAUUAUGAAAUGUUUAAUGUCUGCAAGAGAAAGGAGCAAGGGAUGUGGACGACAUGUUGUCAUUCAAUCACUGCUUAAAAAAAUAGGUCAGAGGAUAGACUGGAUAUAAAGAUGGAUGAUGUAACAGCUCCCAGUCGGUCUCCACAAGUGGCUGUUUACAGUAUAGGUCAUAAACCCUGCCCCCUUGUUGUUAGUGAAUGGGACAGGAACCAAAGUAAAAUAAAAAUACAAAUCAAAUACAUUUUUCCCAUAGGUAAAUUCUAUCAUUUCAGGUAGAUAUUAUCAUGCUCGUCAUUUUAAAGUUAAUUUAUUUUGGAUGAUUGACUGCUUUGAUAUUGCAGCUCCAUGGCUGGUCUCUACUGCACACAAUCUGGUUGCAUAAGUAUCUGUGAUACUUUGGCUUCACUUUUCUAUAGUGGCAGGUAGUGAUGACAUGUUAUCCAUCUUUAUAUACAGUCUAUGGAUCAGACAAAGAGAAACAAUUACUGAAGACUUCAUUGUUUUCUGGCACAUAUGGUCACUCCAAAUGUAAUUCACAAUAUUAUUUAUUGUUAUUUAUUUUCAGCAUUGUUAUUUUCAUACUUGAAAAGAUGUCAAGAGAUAAUAAA